AUGGGGAGAAACCAAGGCUGGUGCUUCUUCAUGGCCGCAGCUAUGGUCGCAGCAUUGUUACCAGUACCCACCAUGACGGGGUGUCUAGACCUAAAGAACGAAAUCUCGGGGGUUACUGCCUUACUGCGGGUUUGGAACAACGGGCCAAGCGUGGUGAUAGUGUUCUCGGUCCAGAGCGGGUUCAGGAAUUGUGGAGACGGAGGCGAUAAGUGCAUUUGGGUAGCAAAGAGAGAUGGGUUCUAUCAGAGAAGGAUCGCAUGGGAUGAGAAUGAGCGUAAACACUUUGUUGAUAUACUGAAAACCAAAUGGGUUUGGAAAUGGUGA